UGCAGAGGAGCAGGCAGCAUGUUGAAUACGCAGGAACAGGUGAGGUCUAUAAAUAGUGCGUGGGGCUGGGGGGAGGCAGGGGAGGUAGAUAGGGGAGAGAGACGUACAAACAGCGUGCACCGGGUCCCUCUGCGUCCCCCGACUUCAAUAAUGACGGAUUUAGAACAAGAUGUGGAGCCAGUAGAGGACACUGACGAUGAGUGUCUGUUAGACGCUCAAGUUCAGUUGUUGAUCCAGGAGUCGUGCCAGGCUCAUCAUCGGACCAGACCAAGCAGCAGGAGCAGUGACUAUAUGAACCUAGUCGACGUCAUUAAAAAAUGUGACUUGGUUGCACUGCAGGAGCUCUGUGAAAACCCAGAGGCCUUAAGUCAGGUGGACAGUCGUGGCUGGUAUCCUUUGCAUUGGGCUGCUGUACAGCCUGUGGUGGAGGUGCUGGAGAUGGUCUUAUAUGCAUCUUGCCGGCUGACACUGGAAGAGACCACGGUAGAAGGAGAGACGUUCCUGACCUCUGCAGUGAAUGCUGGUUUAGUCGACAAUGUGAAAAUGUUACUCAAACAUGGAGCCUCCCCACACACCACCAACAGCAGGAAUGAGUCUCCUCUUUUACUAGCGGUCAGAUCUGGAUCUCGUAAACUGGUCUCGACUGUGUUAAACGGAGGGGCUCGUGUGGGUCAGGUGUGUCUGAAGAAGUGGACCGCCAUGCAUGAAGCCGCCAUGACGGGAUACGCCCACAUCAUGGAGCUGCUGCUGUCCAACGGGGGGAAGGUGACCGACACUGACCAGCACGGGGUCACUCCUCUGGGCAUCGCUGCGGAGUACAGCCACGCGGAGGUCCUGGAAGUACUCAUCAAACAUGGUGCUGAUGUGAACGCCCAGGCUCCAAACGGCGACAGCGUCUUGUAUGAUGCGACUGGUUCUGGAAAUCCUGACUGUGUGAACAUCCUCCUGGAGCAUGGGGCCAAUCCCAACAUGCACAACCUGAGUUUCCAGCUGCCCAUUCACAAAGCUGCCUAUGAGGGCCACUAUCUAGCUUUGCGUACACUGAUGCCGCUCACCACUCGUCGAGCUCUGCGAUUAGCCGGUCAGAGCCCUGUUCACUCUGCGGCGGACGGAGGCCAUGCCCACUGCCUGGAGCUGCUGCUACAGAGCGGCUACGACGUCAACGCACUACUAGCUCCUCACGUCUCUGAAAACUACGGCGACAUGAGACGAAGCCCUCUUUAUUUUGCUGUUUCCAAUGGCGACAGGACAUGCACAGAGUUAUUGUUAAACUCAGGGGCCCAACCCGAUCUGGACCCUCUGAGCUGUCUCCUGGUGGCAGUACGUUCAGGGCGGUAUGAAAUAGUGAAACUGCUUUUAGCGGCUAAAGCGGAUGUGAACUGUUACUUCACUGCGGUCACAGACACUGUGUUCCCCACGGCUCUGCUUUACUGCCUGAAAGAUGAGGUGAUGAUGCGGCUGCUGCUGAACCAGGGGCUUGACGCCAAAAAGUGCUUCUGCUGUUCCCAUGAUGACAGCUGGGACGACCACAUGGAGUACAGUCAUGACCAGGAGGAGAAGGCUACUUUCUGUGACUUUGUCGGUCUGUCAUGGCUGGUGAACUUAGCCGGUCGAGUGGUGUCCAUCCUGCUUGAAUAUGUUGGACAAGUUUCUCUCUGCAACAAACUGAUAAAGAUUUUGGAAAAUCAGAAGGAAUGGUCACAGAUUCAAGAAAUUAUAUCCAACCCCAGACCUCUGUCCCACCUGUGCAGAGUGGCCAUCAGGAAACAUCAGGGCUGCCACAGCAUCAUGUCUCUCAAAGCACCAAACCGAAUCAAAGACUAUCUACUGUUUAAAGAAAAUGAUCUUUAUGGAAAAGUCAUCUGUGGGGAGAAAUAAAGAGAAAGCAAGAGACUGUACAUCCUAUGACCACCCAUCAAAACUCCAGAGGCCCCAAAAGUAAACAAGUCAACUCAGUUACACUGUGAGCAGAGGUAUGCAAUGAAAUGUCACUCCAUAUUAAUAAAACAUUAGAGUGCAGAUGGAAAUACAUGCUAGCCCUGAAUUAUUUUGCUACCUUGGGCGAAAUCCUUUUGCAUAAGGCUAAAAUAUUUAUACAAAUUUGCAUGUUGUCGACUUAACAAUAUUUAAUGUAAAUUAAAGUUGCAUGUGGCAAUAAAAGCCACGUCCAUUCUUGGUUACCACUUGAAUUUCUGGUGAUUUUCUGGGCUCCGGGCACAUUUUAAUUAGUUCUUUAGUUUGGGCCUGAUGAUAAAAGUAAUAUUUUUCCAACUUACAUGCACUUAUGCAUAUGUCAAAGUCAUUAUUUAAAAACAUAAAAAUACGCACUUAUUUACAAAAAAUACAAAAAUUGUACUAAUUUUGUAUAAUGUAAAACAAUUGUUGCAUUAAUAGCAUAUUUAAUCAGCAUGUUCAAUCAGUCUCAUGAAAAGCUUUUACUGAAUAAUUACAGUAUGACCAUGGCACAGCCUCUUAAUGAUCUGAAACACUGCCACUUAUAACCAGACCACUGCACAGAGAAUACUU